CAAUAAUUACAAUUACAAUUAUAUCAAUUACUAUAAUCAAUUGAACAUACACUCAUACACAAACACACAAACACAAUCAUGACAAGAACUAAUAAAUGGACAGUUCACGAAAAGAAAUCAGAACCAAAAUGGUUCACUCAUCAUGAAAGUUAUUAUUUAAAUUCUGAUCCUACUAAAGUUAAGAAAUUUGGGGCUGGUAAGAAUAAUUGGGGUAAACCAGGUGAUGAAUUAAAUGAUGAUGAAGAAUAUAUCAAUUUUUCAUUAUUUAAUAAAUCAAAUAUGUCUGCUAAGAAUAUGAAUCAUUUUGAAAAUGAAUCAAAAAUGAAUGAUUUAUAUCAUGAGAAGAUUUGAUUUAACUUGUUAAAUCAAAUAAUAUCUUGCUUUUAAUGUACACUAACGAAUCUUUUACGACCUUACGAUGUCAUUAUAUAUAUAAAACUUUUACAUAUACAUAAAUAAAUAAAUAAAUAAAUAAAU